AUGAGAAACUUGAUAGUGCUCAAUAGGGGCUACAUCACCCCGGAAUCCAGGACCUAUCCCGACUUGCAUGUCAUCGAUUCAGUCUAUGACUCAGUCUCCGAUGCCAUCACUUUCAUACUAUCUUCGUCGGAAAGUCAAAUGAUUGAAGCGCAGCAGUUUCAAAAGAACGGCAAUGUCUCCGUUUUGGCCAGCUUUGAGGUCACUUCCAAACUUCUCAACACCUUGCACUUCAUCGACUCUUCGCAGUUGGUGUUUGUGUUUUCCAGCGGAGAUAUUGUAACUGCAACCUAUGAUCUACACAACCCGGAGGACUACGACCACACAAUUAUUGAGAUUGUCGGGUCGAUAGAUGUCGGAAUCCAGGCGGCGCAGUGGUCAAGUGACGAGGAAACGUUGGCCGUGGUGACCAAUGAUAACAAGUUGAUCUUGUUAUCGCGGCUUUUCGAGCCCAUCUUAGAAAAGACGUUGGAUGCCGCCGAUAUCAAGAUCGCCGACUCGAAACACGUCUCCGUUGGAUGGGGUAAAAAGGAGACCCAGUUCAAAGGCAGAGGAUUCAAGGCCUUGGAGAGAGAACGAGAUGCAUUGAAACACGCAGGAUUGAAUGAUGCUGCUGCUGCUGCUGCUGAUGGUGAUGAUUUCGGAAAGUUGCGCGAUCCAACCGUGAACGAGAUUGAGAAAGGUACAAUUUCAAACGUCGACGACCAUAGCGUUAGGAUAAGCUGGAGGGGCGAUUCUGAAUUUUUCGCGGUAAACACCAUGGAGCAAGUUCUCGUUGAGGAUACUGGUGAAACGUACGAUCGGCGAGUAAUUCGCGUUUUCAAUAGAGAUGGUGAACUUGACAGUGUGAGUGAGGCCGUCGAUGGGCUAGAGCAAAAUCUUAGCUGGAAACCGCAGGGCGCUUUGAUAGCGUCCACGCAAAGACACGUUGACGACGAAGAUGGAGAAGAAGUUCUUGAUUUAGUGUUUUACGAAAGGAAUGGGCUCAGGCACGGACAGUUCAACACCAGACUCAAUGCCAAAGAGGAAAUCGUCGAAAAUGUGAUUUGGAGUUCAAACAGCGAAAUCUUGUUGAUGCAGUUGCACAACCGUGUUCAGUUGUGGACCACCAAGAACUACCAUUGGUAUUUGAAGCAAGAGCUCUUUGCGGAAAAUAUCCUUUUCACCAAGUUCCACCCGGAGAACCCCAUGAAUUUCAUGAUUGGAACUGCCCAGGGGAUCCAAGUGGUGGACCUCACGCACAAGAUUGUCACGGGGCCCACACAAUUGGGCAAUGAUUCGGGUAUGACUGUGGUGGUCGAUGGAGACACAGCAAAGAUAACGCCGCUUGCAUUGGCAGUGGUGCCUCCUCCAAUCAGUUACCGAGAAUGGGAUGUUCCGGGAAACAUAACUGACCUUGCUGUGAGCAAGUCGAAUGAGAAAUAUGCCGCCAUUACGAGUGACAACAACAUCUACUUUAGCGAGCUAUCGCUCAAGGAGAUGAAAGAAGGGCAACACCCCAAAGUUAGAGGCCAGAUACCUGCCAGCGUUUACAUCAAUGAGCCUAUUGAAGUAGCGAAACAGAUUGCAUUCAUCAAAGAUGGCUUUGUGGCUGUUCUUGUUGACGCGCCAAUGUACUCGCGUGUUACUCUAUUUGAAGUUGAUGAUAUCGCUAACCCAAGAUUGAACGAGUCGGUGGAUCUCACGCCCAAAAUCGUGCUUCUCAAGUCGAGAGCCGAUUUCGAAACUGUAAUCAUCGAAAGAGUAGACAACCGUUUGGUGGAGUUGAGCUCUACUCAGGAUAGUCGAGACGUGACAAAUUUCCCCCAAUUGUGCCGCGAGUUUGAAGUCAACUACAGGAAAGAAACGGGCGAAUUUGAGGCAUUUGGUAUUUCGCGCACGGGCAAGUUGUUCAGAAACAAUACUGCAAUUGUCAGCGGUGUGACAUCCCUCUUGAUAACGGAGUCGCAUUUGCUAUUCACCACGGUGCUAUCGAAAUUGUGCUUUUUGCACUUGAACUCAGCGCAUGAGACGUUUGAAGUGUUUGAAAACUUGACAAAUGAAAACUUGGUUGACGAAAGAGUGCGCCAAAUCGAACGGGGCUCAUUUUUGGUGAAUGCCAUGCCCACAAAGUACUCGGUGGUGUUGGAAGCCCCCAGAGGAAACAUCGAAACUAUAUGUCCAAGAAUAAUGGUUCUUUCCGCCAUCAGGAAAUUCAUCACUGCUAAAAACUACAAAGACGCAUUUAUAGCUUGUCGUACUCACAAGAUUGAUUUGGAUUUGCUACACGAUUACAACCCCGAGCUAUUUUUCAACAACAUCGAGUUGUUUGUGGACCAAAUCGCGAGAGUUGACUAUAUGGACUUGUUUGUUUCUUGUCUCCACGAGGAAGAUGUCGCGGCAACCAAAUAUAGAGAAACAUUGAAUGAUGCUGCCAUAAACGAAAGCGAGUUGAAGCAGAAUGGAGAGACGUUGCAGCCAGCAUUUAAACGGAAAUUCCACAACAAAGAACAAGCGACAUUUGGAAACUUUGCCGACCUGAAAGUGAAUAGGAUAUGCGAGACGCUAUUAUCGGUCUUGCUCAAACCUGCGUAUUUCGAUAAGUACUUGCAGACCGUGCUCACCAUUUACGCGUGCGAGAAACCGGCCAAUUUGGUCGAUGCGUUGACCAUGGUUGGCAAAUUUGAGAGCGAGGAGCAAAAAGAGACCGCCGUCACCCAUUUGUGCUUCUUGCAAGACGUCAACAAGUUGUAUAAUGCGGCCUUGGGGUUGUAUGACGUCAAGUUGACAUUAGUCAUUGCCCAGCAAUCGCAAAUGGACCCAAAGGAGUACUUGCCAUUUUUGCAAAACUUGCAUGUUCAGCCGGAAUUGAAGAAGAAAUUUUUGAUUGAUGAUUAUUUGAAGAACUAUGAAGUGGCACUCCAAUGGUUGAAUGAAAGAGGCGAGGAGGCCUAUAAGGAAUUUGACGAGUAUGUGGUGCUGCACGAUUUAUACAAGCUUGCAUUGAAAAUGUACACAUACAACAAGGAAAGAACGAGUGACAUCAUGAGCUUGUUUGCGACAUUCCUACAUGAGAAGGCCAAUUUCAGUGAGUCAGCGAUAACGUACGAGUACUUGGGUCGUUUGGACGAGGCCUUGGAAAACUAUGUGCUUGCCAAAAAAUGGCGACAGGCCUUGUCGAUUGUUGAAACGGCAGACCCCAAGAACCAGGAAAAACUAAUCGACACCGCGAACACCUUGGUUGCCACUCUUACAGCUGACCAUAGAUACAGCGAAGCUGCUGAGAUUGAGUACCAAUUUUUGAAUAAUGUGCGCGAAGCUGUCAAAUUAUACUGCAAACAAUACUGGUUCGACGAAGCCAUCUUGUUGGCUCAAAGAACCAAAAACACCGACUUGAUUGACUCCGUGGUGGAUCCUCAGAUCAGCGAAGGAUUCGGAGCAAUAGCAGAACUAUUGGCGGAUUGCAAAGGGCAGAUGAGCUCGCAAUUGCGCAGGCUACGAGAGUUGCGGAGCAAAAAGGAGCAGGACCCAUAUGCAUUCUAUGGCAACCCCGACGACUUGGAUACACCCGAUAAUGUGUCUGUUGCUGCUUCGGAAACGUCGACUGCUCCUUCGUUCUUCACUAGAUACACCGGCAAAACUGCAGGAACAGCCAAGACUGGUGCUUCGAGACGUACUUCGAAGAAUAAAAAACGGGAGGAGAGAAAGAAGGCAAAAGGGCGAAUGGGCACCAUCUACGAAGAGGAAUACUUGAUCAAAUCCGUGGGAAGACUCUUGGAGAGACUCGACACGACUGAAGCGGACGCGGUCAGACUCAUUGAAGCCUUGAUCAGAAGACGCAUGAAAGAGCAAGCCUACCAGAUCCAGAAGAACUGGUGCGAGCUCAUCGGCUUCAUCAAGGAAAACAUCGACGAGAUCCACAACAUGAGCGAAAAAGACCGCGAGAGAAUCGAUGACAAUGGCGAAGUUUACUUGAUUGAUGAAAUUCCAAAGCCUGCCGUUAGAGACUUUCCCAAAUUCAGCAUCCUAGACUAUUGA